UCUAGCGCCUCCCGACGUUUUCUGGGUUUCGCUUUGCAGCAGUGCGCUAUUCCAACCUGUCGUGUACCAGAAUGCUGCAUCUCGAUUCGUAUUCACGCAGUUGCUUCAAAGCAUCUCUACAGUAUGCAGUCAGCGCUCCUACGCUGUCACGAAGGACAGCUCAACUUGGAUGUGACGUUAACUUGCGGUCAGUCUUUCAGGUGGACAAAAAACAGCAAAGGGGAAUGGACCGGCGUGCUUGCAAACAAAGUGUGGUUCCUCAAGCAAGAUGACACGGGCAACAUUCAUUACAAGGUUGUCAAGCCAGAAAACGAGGAGCUCAACCUUGCACAAACGUUAUUAAACAAGAAGGCACGAAAACGAAAAUUAAAUGAUUCAGUGUGCGUGGGCCAAGACGACAACGCCGAAGAGAGUGUUCUCAGAGACUAUUUUCAGUUGAAUGUCGAUGUGGAACAACUGUACCAGCAGUGGGCAUCGAUAGAUCCAGUAUUCGAGAAAGUAUCAAAGAGACUUCCUGGUGUCAGGAUCCUAAGACAAGAUCCAUUGGAAGCACUAAUGGCUUUCAUCUGUUCAUCCAACAAUAACAUUACCAGAAUAACGAGCAUGGUUAACACGCUGUGCCAGAAAUACGGAAACAAGUUGCUGCAGCUGGGGUCUGAAAGCUACUUUGCAUUUCCAGAAGUGCAAAGGCUAGACAGGGAUGGAGUCGAGGGCGAACUCCGAGCUGCUGGAUUUGGCUACAGGGCCAAAUACAUCCGCGCCACAGCAAAGGAAUUGUCAUCUCGUGAACCUCGUUGGUUAGAAUCUCUCAGAGACACAGACUACGCUGUAGCGCACGCCGAACUGUGUAGGCUACCUGGCGUAGGUGCAAAGGUGGCAGACUGCGUCUGUUUGAUGGCACUUGACAAGCCUGACGUUGUACCGGUCGACACACACGUUUGGCAGAUUGCAGUGAGAGACUAUUUGCCGCAUCUCUCCAAGAACAAGACACUUACAGACAAAGCUUAUAAGGAAGUUGGAAAUUUUUUCAGAGAGAAGUUUGGUCCUUAUGCAGGAUGGGCACACUCUGUGCUCUUUGCGGCAGAUUUGAAGCCCUCCAAAGCACGUGCCAAAGAAAGCUGACCAGCCUUUACUACAGAAAAGUAUUAGAGAUAUUUUCACUAGAUCGUUUUAAGUCUGUGUGGUGUACGUUGCUUUCCACCUGUUUUUUUUUUUUUUUUUCAUUAUGAGAAGUUAAACACAUACUGAAGCACUUCUAUAGUUGAUUGUGGAUGAAUUUCUCAUAUAGGUUCUUUUGAUUGUAAAUUUUAUGAAGCAUCAUAAAUGGUCAGAGAAGUUGCAUGUCACAUGCAGCUAAUAACAGACAGAAAAAAAUAGCAGAUAAUAAUAUGUUUUGACAUCCAGCUGAGAAAGUGUUGUACGUUGUACUGUACGUCUGUUGGAAAAAUAAUGAUAAUAAAAAAAGGAAACUCCA